AUGAACAUGAAAUUGACAAGGCGUAACCCACAUUUUGCUUUCAUUGUUGUGACCAUCUUAUUGUGCUUGCAAAUCAGAGCAAACUACACUGACCAUCCCUGGUUCACAAAUGAGAGCUACUUGGGUACCACUACCCAAAACGUAAGUGGAAAACCAGAGUACACUGAAGCCAGUACAAAUUUUAUUACGCAAGACACAGAUUACAAUGCCGAGUCAACUACUACUUUUGAAAUGCAGACAGCCGCCUUUCAAUCAUCAACAUUUGGUCAGGAACCUACAACAUUUUCCCCUAGCUUUCAUCUUACUUCUGCAGUUCAGACGCUUUGACCACCACCAAGACCCAGAUUACAACAAAACACUGAAAAUUGUGAAGAAAAGAAUAAAUUGCUGAUACCAAUUUGUUUCACAAUAGCAAUGCUUGUUCUUGCUUGCACAUUCUGUCUGUCAACUGUGGUAAUGGCAAAUAAGGUAUCGUAUCUCAAAAGAUUUAAGAAGAAAGCGUAUGCCAGAAGUAAUGGUGAUUUUCUGGUUAGUAGCAAUUUAUGGCCAGCUGGAUAUACAUGGCAGAGGAAGUCUAAAGAGCUAACAGGGACUGACUUGAUGAUGCAAGACCUGAUAUCAGAGACAGCUAACACAAUUCAAAGAAAAAUGCAGUUGAAAACAACUGAGAAACUCACUAGGGGAAGAGCUAAUCAGAAAAAUGAAGAUGCAUCAAAACCAUGUGACAGCACCAUAACCAAUUUUAUAGUGAGAUUUAAAUAAGCUCAGAUUCCUAACCGAGAUGACACUGCAGCCUUGAAGUAACAUUAUAGUGCCAUACAGGAGAACCAGGUUCACAUCCUGAUUGGUUUCACUGCAUAACAAUGGGAACUCUAGGCAGUAGCACACCAGCUCCAUAGGAAGGAGCACCCCAACUUGUGUGCAACCAACCUUUCAGUCAUUUGAAACAGUAACCCUGCCUUUAAAGGGAGACCUCUCCAUUAUGCUUUGAAAGAAAUUGGUGGGGCAAUGGAGCUGAGUGGGGAUAAAGAAACAAAAUAUUUAGGAUAUUAGGGCUGCAAAAGGAACUCCACAAAGGCCAUGGGGAUGGACCAAUAGCCUAGUAGGUAUAGAAUCCGCAGAGUGCUAUUUAUGGGUAUAUGAUUACUUUUUUUUAUUUUAAAUGAAGCUCAUUUCUCUCUGAUGUAAUCAGUGCAACCCACAACCAGUAGGUUAGGAGACCACUGAUAUUGCAAACAGAAUCUCAAGAGCUCCUAAGCACACUUUUGUAAAUCAGAGGUUCUCAGAUUGUGGUCUGUUAACCACUGAAGGUAUGCAGAGAGCUGGCUGAUCACAUGGUGCUAUCUCCUCCUUGUUGCCAUCUGCUUAAUUAUAUUAAGAAACAGUUAAAAAUAACUAACAUGCAGGCAACUGCUGUAGUUGUUAGAGAGAUGUUGCAUGAUGAAAAAUGGGAGUAGAGGGCCACGAAUGGGAAGUGUUUCCUCACACUAACUCUAUAAUAAGAUAUGCUCUGAAUUGUGAAGAAGUUUGAGCACCCAUAUACUAAGUGUUGCGUGAGUCAAUCUCUAAAAAACUAGCAUUUUCAGUUACUUGUGCUGGCAUUUGUUUGGUUGCACCUAACUUUAAAGCAAAUAUAUUGUACAGUAAAGUUACAAUUUCUGCUCUUGUUCUUUCAAAACCAUAACACAAGCCUACCUUGCUUUUGAAACUAAUUAAAGUCAACUGUAUUUGCUGAGCUUUAAGUUUGUGCAAAAAUAUAUAAAGCUUGUUUAAUACGUAACUGGUUGCAGUAAACUCUCACUUGGUAACCCCAAUAAAAACGUACAAUAGAUUUUGAAA